ACCGGAAGAACUGGCUCAAUUACAGCUCUGGUUCCCUCCUCCCGGCAACACAGAGAUGGCGACUGCGGCUGGCCUUCUGGGACGGCGGGUGGUGAGGUGGAGGCUGCGGCCGCCGCUCACUGUCUUGCUGUCUCAGCGAGUGUAUUCGUUAUUGCCCGUGAACGAUGCUAUUAACAGGCUAAGCGAGGAGCAGAAGCAGCUUCGUCAGACCAUGACUAAGUUCCUUCAGGAGCACCUGGCCCCCAAGGCCCAGGAGAUUGACAAGAGCAACGAAUUCAAGAACAUGCGAGAGUUUUGGAAGCAACUGGGGAGCCUGGGAGUUUUGGGUAUCACAGCCCCUGUUCAGUAUGGCGGCUCCGGCCUGGGCUACUUGGAACACGUGGUGGUGAUGGAGGAGAUAUCACGAGCUUCUGGGGCCGUGGGGCUCAGUUACGCCGCCCACUCCAAUCUGUGCCUCAACCAGAUUGUGCGCAACGGAAAUGAGGCCCAAAAGGAGAAGUACCUCCCCAAGCUGAUCAGCGGUGAGCACAUCGGAGCCCUGGCCAUGAGUGAGCCCAAUGCUGGCUCUGAUGUUGUCUCCAUGAAGCUAAAAGCUGAAAAGAAAGGAGACCACUACAUCCUGAAUGGCAACAAGUUUUGGAUUACCAAUGGUCCCGAUGCUGAUGUCCUCAUCAUCUAUGCCAAGACUGACAUGGCUGCUGUGCCAGCAUCCCAGGGCAUCACAGCCUUCAUUGUGGAGAAGAACAUGCCUGGCUUUAGCACCGCCAAGAAGCUGGACAAGCUGGGCAUGCGGGGCAGCAACACCUGUGAGCUCAUCUUUGAGGACUGCGAGGUGCCUGCAGCUGCCAACGUCCUAGGCCAUGUGGGUAAGGGUGUCUACGUGUUGAUGAGUGGGCUGGACCUGGAGCGACUUGUGCUGGCUGGAGGGCCCCUUGGGCUCAUGCAGGCCGUCCUCGACAACACCAUCCCUUACCUGCACACGAGGGAGGCUUUCGGCCAGAAGAUCGGCCACUUCCAGCUGAUGCAGGGCAAGAUGGCUGACAUGUAUACACGCCUCAUGGCAUGUCGGCAGUAUGUCUACAACGUUGCCAAAGCCUGUGAUGAGGGCCACUGCACCGCCAAGGAUUGUGCCGGCGUCAUUCUAUACUCCGCUGAAAGUGCCACGCAGGUGGCUCUGGAUGGCAUCCAAUGUCUUGGUGGCAAUGGCUACAUCAACGACUUUCCCAUGGGCCGCCUUCUCCGAGAUGCCAAGCUGUAUGAGAUCGGGGCAGGCACCAGCGAGGUGAGGCGGCUGGUCAUCGGCAGAGCCUUCAACGCAGACUUCCGCUAGCCCUAAUCCUAUCACUGACUGUUGCCAGCACCCAGAGGCCUUUCUCUGCAAAGAGAGAUGUGGGGGUUCCACCCCUGCCGAAUGGGGUCACCUUCACAGCCAGGCCCACCAGCCAGAAAGGCCUCCAAGCACCCACAGCAAGCUUGUCAGGAAUCCUGGUUGCUUCUCUGCCCUUGGAGCCGGAGGUUCCCCAGGCCGAGGUGGGCAUCCCCUGUUCAUGGGUGAGCCUCCAACUAGGGGCCCUCUCUGCUCCAGCAGCUCCAUGUACUGGACUUGGCAGUCCCUUCUGGUACAGGAAGCCUAGGAAAGGCAGGCUUGUUUUCAGCCACUCCUGCAACUUGUGAGCACCUGUGCCACUGAGAGCCUACCACGGGACCCAAGGAGCCAUGUUUGUGGAGGGUUGGCUCACACCAGCCUCCUUGGCAGGACCUCUGAGCCCUUCUGUACCAUGGGCACUGUCCAGUCCUGACCAUGUGACCAUCUGCAGCUGUCUGGGCAGUAGGCACAGGCCCUGCCCUGCCGGGCCUGGCUGGCUGGCUCCAUUCCAGCUGAGGCUGCCUGCACUCAUCGCUCUAGAUACCCUACCACUAAUUUUGUUACCACUUCGCCGAGGCUGCUACUGUUUUGUAUUAAACAUUGUAAAGGAA